AUGCUCCACACCUGUACCUGUGCUCCUCAUGCUCCACACCUGUACCUGUGCUCCUCAUGCUCCACACCUGUACCUGUGCUCCUCAUGCUUCACACCUGUACCUGUGCUCCACAUGCGUCACACCUGUACCUGUCCUCCACAUGCUUCACACCUGAACCUGUCCUCCACAUGCUCCACACCUGUACCUGUGCUCCUCAUGCUCCACACCUGUACCUGUGCUCCUCAUGCUUAACACCUGUACCUGUGCUCCUCAUGCUUCACACCUGUACCUGUGCUCCUCAUGCUUCACACCUGUACCUGUGCUCCACAUGCUUCAUACCUGUACCUGUCCUCCACAUGAUCCACACCUGUACCUGUGCUCCUCAUGCUCCACACCUGUACCUGUGCUCCUCAUGCUUCACACCUGUACCUGUGCUCCACAUGCUCCACACCUGUACCUGUGCUCCUCAUGCUUCACACCUGUACCUGUGCUCCACAUGCUUCACACCUGUACCUGUGCUCCUCAUGCUUCACACCUGUACCUGUGCUCCUCAUGCUCCACACCUGUACCUGUGCUCCUCAUGCUUAACACCUGUACCUGUGCUCCUCAUGCUUCACACCUGUACCUGUCCUCCACAUGAUCCACACCUGUACCUGUGCUCCUCAUGCUCCACACCUGUACCUGUGCUCCUCAUGCUUCACACCUGUACCUGUGCUCCACAUGCUUCAUACCUGUACCUGUGCUCCACAUGCUUCACACCUGUACCUGUGCUCCUCGUGCUUCACACCUGUACCUGUGCUCCACGUGCUCCACACCUGUACCUGUGCUCCUCAUGCUUCACACCUGUACCUGUGCUCCACAUGCUUCACACCUGUACCUGUGCUCCUCAUGCUUCACACCUGUACCUGUGCUCCUCAUGCUCCACACCUGUACCUGUGCUCCUCAUGCUUAACACCUACUCCAAGCAGAACGGCGACGCUGCGAACGCUGCUCUAGCCAACGAGGACUGUCCCACCAUCGACCAGGUGCUGGGGGACGAGCGCAGCCCAGCCACCGGGGGCCUGGGCUCCAACACCAGCCGUGAGCGCUACCCCCACGACCGCGCCUGCUUCCUGCUGAGCGCGGGCGAGUUCCAGAGGCCCUCCGACGCCAACGUCCGCAAAGGUAGGGAGGAGGGGGGAUGGGGAGGGGGAGGUCAGAGGGGGUGA